AAGUCUGGAUUCAUAUGCGGGUCGUUUGGCCUCCUACUAUUAGUGAUAGAUUACUUGGCAACAGAAACUAAAGGUCUCCCAGAAUGUGGAGUCACGAACUGUACACGACAGCCUUCGAACCUCUGCAGCACUGUACUGGGAAGAACCAGUGAUCAUGUUGCACCACCAAGCUUUCAUGUGGACAUCAGAGUGUGGGGACGCAAUGACUUGCUACUGAAAUUGAUUCUCGAGCAGACAAAUUCCGCGCCUACUUGCUAUGAAUUUGCCAUACAUUUAAUGUGCUUAAUGGCAGCGCCACCCUGUAAUCCCAACACAUCAUCUCUCAUUCUUCUCUGUCCCGAGACUUGCAUUGCUUUGAACGUGCUUAUUUCCAGUGGCGUAUGUAACAGUUUUUUAUCCGGUGCCAUUCAACACUUUGAAGAAAUGGAUGAAACCUCAGAAAAUAUUCAAUAUUUCGUUACCUUCAACUGCUCUGAUCCGGUGACCUAUUUUCUUAACAGUACAGCAGGCAUUUGUGAUGAUUCCACAUCAUCCUGUACAAAUCUCUUUAGCCCUGCAAGUCAAGAGCUGCUUCUUAAAAGUGGAUCACUGUCUAGCUGUGUUCCUCUGAUUGGAUCCCCAUGUAAAGCACUGUUUCCCAACCAAUUCAAAAAUGCCAUCCAAAUCCCUGGCCGAGCUAACCAGGAAGAAGCUAUAUUCAAAAUCCUGGCUGAUACUGCUCCUUUGUUAGAUGACACAUGCAGUCGGUUGCUGAAUCUGACGGCUUGCAGCUACAUUCAUCCACCUUGUAAUGAGAAAGUUGAGCAGAUACCACUGUGUGAUUGUGAAAGGACUAAGCAGAUAAUUUGGGAACACUGCUACCUAACAAACGUUCUGAGGACUUUAAAUGUGACAAUGACAAGCCCUUCUUUGCCACAAUCAUGAAGUUAAACUGCUCGGAUCCAGCCACACAUCUCAUCCCAUCUGUUCCAGUCGACAAUACAUCAUGUUCAAGUGUAGCCGAUUUACUUGAUAUUUCAGAUGAUGAUGAUGGGAACACUAGCUUCUUAAGAGGAGCCCCGUACAUAGGUGCUAUUGUCGGUGGAGCUGCAGUGCUUGGUCUGCUAGUGGUACUACUGACUGUGACUGCCAUAGUCUUGUGUACUAGAGCCAGGGCCAGACACAAGAUGAAGAUACAGAUGGCUCAGAAACUCUCCCAAAGUUUGACACUUAGCAACCUACAAAGAGAAGUAAGCAGUCAGAGAGAAAGACCUGAAUGUAAUGGUGAAUAUGAUAACGAGGAGAGGAUAUGGACACUACCAGAGAAAGAGCAAAGAGAGCUAGAGCUCCAGGUGCAUUUGGGAAGGUAUACUCAGGAAGUAUGGAGAUAGGUGGCACAAAAACUGUUGUUGCCAUUAAAACAGUCAAACGACUGAGUACAGAGGAACAGUUGCGGUCAUUUCUUGCAGAGAGUCUGAUCAUGAAAGACUUGAAGCAUCCGCAUGUUCUUGGUCUCCUGGGAGUGUGUUUCGACACCCCGGAACAUUCUCCAUACAUCGUCCUACCCUUCAUGGCCAAUGGAUCUGUCAAAACCUUCCUUAGAGCGAGGAGAGUCCACCCAACUAACUUUGAUGAUUUUCCUGUUGGACUGAAAUUUGGGGACCUGGUACGAAUGUGCAUAGAGAUUGCUGAAGGAAUGAAGUAUUUGACUGAUAACAAGUUUGUUCAUCGUGACCUGGCAGCACGCAACUGCAUGGUGAAUGAAGAAGGUAUGGUGCUGGUAGGAGACUUUGGGCUGGCUAGAGACGUGUACAGCACAGAGUACUACAGAAGUGGAGGUAAUGCAAAACUCCCAGUGAAAUGGAUGUCUCCUGAAACACUGAACGAUGGAAUCAGUAAUGAAAAGACAGAUGUUUGGUCGUAUGGAGUGGCGUGUUGGGAGGUGUUCAGUCUGGGUCGCAGUCCCUAUCCUGGUAUUGAGAAUCACGAGAUACUCCAGCACAUCUCCUCUGGAGGGAGACUCAACAAGCCAACUCUCUGUCCUGACAAACUGUACACCCUAUUGUUCCAAUGCUGGUCUUCUCUACCUGAAGAUCGGCCAUCAUUCUCUGAACUGUUUGUACAUCUCAAGGACUACUGGGAUGAAGAACAUCUCUAUGUGAUCCAAAACUUUGAAGUGUAAUGCCAUCAGAAGACCUUCCAGCCGCCAGUGUCAUUGUUUCUUUUUAGUUUUGUCUCACUUAGCAUUUACUGUAUGAUAACAUUAUGCACUCUUCGCUAUAAUUGCUUUUUUUUAUCAUCUUAUGUUUCUAUCCAACC